GUUUCUCAGGUUUCAGAUGCUUUGCUGCCUCGCGCUGACAUAUAUACAUAGCCUACAUAAUAGAAGAGAUGAAACCCGUGCUCACAACACAACCCCUCGCCGCGGUCGCGCCCGGCCCUUCUGCAGCCCCGCCCGUUAGGCGCAUUAUCAAGCUGGGCGGAGCCGCGGUGACCGUCAAAUCCCAGCUAGAGACAUUGCGGCCGGAGGUGCUGGACAGCCUGGUUCGGACGCUAGCGACGACGUCGGGGCUGCCCGAGGCGGAGGCCAGCACGAGCGGCGCCGGAGGCACGGUGUUGGUGCACGGCGCCGGCAGCUUCGGGCACUUCCCUGCCAGCGAGUACGGCGUGGUGCGGGGGCCCAUCUCCGACCCCCGCGUGCGCCGCGGCUUCACGCUGUCCCGGGCGUCUGUCACCAAGCUGAACGGGCUAGUGGUGGGGGCGCUGGUGGCAGCCGGGGUGCCGGCGGUGGGUCUGUCGCCCCUGGGGCUGUAUCACACCUGCAACAAGCAGGUGGCCGUGUCGGGCGGCGCCUCCGCCUCCGCGCUGCUGGCCGCGGGGCUGCUGCCGGUGCUGCACGGCGACUGCGUGUUGGACACGGCGCUAGGCUGCACCGUGCUCAGCGGGGACACGCUGGUCCGGGACCUGGCGGAGCGGCUGCGGCCGCAGUACGUGGUGUUCCUGACCAAUGUGCCGGGGGUGUACGACCGGCCACCGGAGGAGGCGGGCGCCCGACUGCUGCGGCGCAUCAUGGUGACGCCAGAUGGCGGCUGGCGGGUGGCGGAGGUGGAGGGCGGCAGCGACGGCGGUGACAGCGGUGGCGGUGACAGCUCGGUUCGGAUGAGCGUGGAUGCGCACGAUGCAACAGGCGGCAUCGCGCUCAAGGUGGAGGAGGCUGCGGCGGUGGCGCGGAUGGGCAUUCCGGUGCUCAUUGCACAGGCCGGCAGCGAGCACGGCGACGCGGCGUGCCGGCUGGGGCCACAGGUUGCGGCUACUGCUGCGGGUGGCGAAGGCGGCGGCGAGGGCGAAGGCGGGGGCGUUGCGGCAGCGUCGGGAUCGCCGCCGGCAACGUGGCGGGGGACGCUGGUGGUGCUGGAAGGGUGUUGAAGCGUUGAGGGAGGAGGGCCAAGAGGGCCCCUGCCAGGGCCCGUGCUGAGAUCCGUGCUAAGGCCCGUGUUAAGGCCUGUGCUGCUGCCGGCUUACUGGGCGUUGGUGAUGGCUGGCAGCGUGCUGGGACAGGUGCGAUGCAGUGAACGCGCCGACGCUGUGAGGCAUUGAGGCUGUGAGGCUGUGACGCCAUGGGCCACAGCGCGUGGCUGGCAUCAGCAGGGCUAUCACGUUGUUAUCGGCGUUGGCAGUGAGGCUGUGAGUGCGAGACCGCGGGAGCGGAGGGUUCUCGGACACAGGACGGGAGGACGAUCACCGGUGGAGGAGGCGGGCGACCGCAUGGUCAUAACGGACGACAUGUGCGCGUACGGAGCGGCCGAGUUAGGCCGUUGGCCUAACCCGACCCAGGCGCAUUUGAUUUGUACAUUUAUCCACAACGAACUGAUUAUAU